AUGGCCCCUUAUCAGCUCCAGAGACCCUGUCCAUAUGCUGCUGCCUGAUUGGUUAAAAGUAAGGCGGCCUCUCUCGCACACCGUUUGUUGCGUGGUUAGAUGUUGCCUGAACACAUGAAGGACACUGUACGAGUAAGCACAGUGGACAUCAUUACGUAACAGGGGAUGCGAAUUCACACCGUGAUCAGUUGUUGGUGUUUAUAACUACCUGUUGGGGGUUAUCGUCGUGAGGUCGGGUGGGGAGGAGUCCGCAAUUUGAGAUCAAGAUGAAGAUGACAGUUGUGGCAGAUGUGCUACUGGAGAGCAGAAGAACACUUGGCUCUGAGUGGGAUACACACAGGUGGAGAUGAAGAGGUUACACUCGGCGACCAGCCUGACAGAGUACGACACAAGCGAGCAGGAUGACUCCCCAUCCCUCAGGUCCUCCUGGUCCUUGACGGACACCAUGAACUAUGUGGGUCAGCUGGCAGGCCAAGUGCUGGUGACGGUGAAGGAGCUGUACAAGGGCAUCAACCAGGCCACGCUCUCCGGCUGCAUCGACGUGGUGGUGGUGCGGCAGAGGGAUGGCACCUACCAGUGCUCGCCGUUCCACGUGCGCUUCGGGAAGCUGGGGGUGCUGCGCUCCAAGGAGAAAGUGAUCGACAUCGAGAUCAAUGGGGAGCCGGUGGAUUUGCACAUGAAGCUGGGAGACAACGGGGAGGCCUUCUUCGUGCAGGAAACGGAGGAGCAGAAUGAGAUCGUCCCGGCCCACCUGGCCACCUCGCCCAUCCCCACCGAGGGCCACAUGUUCUGGAUCGGUGGCGGGCAGGGCCCUGGCGUCGCCGACGAGCUCCCGGAGGCCGACGACCCUCCCGAGGCGCCGGUCAGCAGCACCAUCAGCUCGGUGAAGAAGAAGAGGAAGAGGAGGAAGAAGCACAAGGGCGACCCGCGGCGCGAGGAGCUCACCCCGCCGGCCACCGUCAGCGCCCCUCCCCAGCCCAGCGAGGAGAUCUUUGAGAUGGACCUGAGCUCUGACGAGGACACGGCAGCGCACAGCCCCAGAUCUCCCUCUAUUAGCACUGCACGAGAGGUGGAACAGAAGUACCCUGCACACCAUUCCUUAGACAACUACCCCUUUUCCGACGGAGAUUGGUCUACCUCAGACAGUCACGGCCUAUCCCAGGCCUUCUCCCCAAAGAGCGACUCGGAGCUGAUGGUGCGGCCCUCAGAGAGCAUGCUCCGAUCCGAGUCGCACAUGCAGUGGACCUGGGGGGAGUUCCCUGAGCCAACGCGGGCUCCCAAAAAGGAGAAACCCGAGCCGCCCAAGACGGUCACCAUCAUGCCCUCGGAGAACACGCACUUCCGGGUCAUCCUGAGCUCCGAGGCCAUGGGCACUGAGACCGACGGGUCGGACGGCAGCGGCCGAGCCUGUCACCAGGACCACCCGACCCCAGUGUGCGCCAUCGUGAAGCCCAAGCCCCGCACGGCCGUGACCACGAACGUGACCACGCCCGUAACCACGCCCGUGACCACGAUGGCCCCCGUCUGCACUUUGACCCCCUCGGAGCCCGAGGAGGAGUCCGAGCCCGGCGUGAGCACCUCCACGCCAGCCAACGCCCAAGCUGCCGCCGCCGCCGCCGCUCAAAUGGCCGGGGACAUGUCCGACACCUCCAAGUCUGACUCACCCUCCAAGAAGAAAGGAGUCCCAAAGAGGAGCCAGCACCAGGGGCCUGAAGAUAUCUACCUGGACGACUUGAAUGUACUUGAUGCAGAUGCUGUUGCUCGGUAUCUUCCCAAGAGUGACUCAGACCCCGGUUCUAAGCACUGGAUUGAGUCAGGGAUGCACUCCGGGUCCCAGUCGCCCCAGUCGGUGGGCAGUGCGGCUGCUGACAGCGGCACCGAGUGCCUGUCCGACUCGGCUGGCGACCUGCCCGACGUCACCCUGUCCCUGUGCGGGGGGCUCAACGAGAACGCGGAGAUAUCCAAAGAAAAGUUCAUGGAACAUAUCAUCACCUACCAUGAAUUUGCAGAAAACCCUGCCAUAAUAGACAAUCCAAACUUGGUGGUAAAAAUUGCUAACAGAUACUACAACUGGACUUUAGCUGCUCCCUUGAUUCUGAGUUUGCAGGCUUUUCAGAAAACCUUGCCUAAGGCUACAGAAGAGGCUUGGGUGAAGGAGAGGAUGCCAAAGAAGUCGGGCCGCUGGUGGUUCUGGCGCAAGCGAGCGGACAGCACCAUCAAACCGUCGGAGAGCACAGGCAAGCUGGAGAUGAAGGACUCUCAGCUUGAGGAUGUGGGACCCUCCCAGGAUAGCCGAUCCCUACAGUCGCUGGAGCGGGACUCGUCGAGCGACGAGGAGUCCAAGGAGCUGAGUGCCACCGCGGCCGCCUCGCUGGAGCGCAGCUCCCAGUCCGACUCGGCGACGCACCUCCCCACGCACUCCUACAAGAAGUCGCUCCGCCUCUCCUCCCAGCAGAUCGCCAGUCUGAAGUUGAAGGAGGGUCCUAAUGACAUGACCUUCAGCAUCACCACCCAGUACCAGGGCACCUGCCGCUGUGAGGGCACCAUCUACCUGUGGAACUGGGACGACAAGGUCAUCAUCUCCGACAUCGACGGCACCAUCACCAAGUCGGACGUCUUUGGACAGAUCUUGCCGCAGCUGGGUAAAGACUGGACUCACCAGGGCAUUGCCAAGCUGUACCAUUCUGUGGCGGAGAACGGAUACAAGUUCCUGUACUGCUCGGCGCGGGCCAUCGGCAUGGCGGACAUGACGCGCGGGUACCUGCAGUGGGUGAACGACGGGGGCACCAUCCUGCCCCGAGGGCCUCUCAUGCUCUCCCCCAGCAGCCUCUUCUCAGCCUUCCACAGGGAGGUCAUUGAGAAAAAGCCGGAGAUUUUUAAGAUCGAAUGUCUGACGGACAUCAAGAACCUGUUCCUGUACAACAAGCAUCCCUUCUACGCCGCCUUCGGCAACCGGACCAACGAUGUUUUUGCCUAUAAGGAGGUGGGAGUGCCAGUGUGCAGGAUCUUCACCGUCAACCCCAAGGGCGAGCUGAUCCAGGAGCAGACCAAAGGCAACAAGUCCUCGUACGGCAGGCUGAGCGAGCUCGUGGAGCACGUGUUCCCCCUGCUGAGCAAGGAGCAGAGCUCGGCCUUCGACUGCCCCGAGUUCAGCUCCUUCUGCUUCUGGAGGCAGCCGCUCCCCGAGAUCGACCCCGAGGAACUGCUCUCGUAGAGGCCACGACCACACCCCGGUCUCUGCUGCUCGUCAGCCGGGAGCCUCAUCCAUUCCAUAACCAAAGCCCAGAGGAGGUGCCGCCGCCAAAGGGGGUUGGCACUCAAGGUCACUCAUCUGACAUCACAUUCUAAGUGGACCGUUGAGACGUGGCGUCUAGACUCGGAAAAACCAGCGUGCACUCACUCACUUGCUCACUCACUCACUCACUCACUCGUUCACCUGCCCCAGAAGCUAUAAGACACAGAGCGCCUCAUAACGCUCUCAUGUGAAUGACGACUCCCCCACCCCCCCUACCCCACCUCCCUCGUCCCACCCGUCAGUAGCCGCGUGCCCUGGCUCCGUGCAUGCGCAGGUGUCGGGCCGGGCCUCGGGUACGCUGGCAGCUGACUGGAGCCACCUGUGGCUCAUCGCUCUUCUGACUGAAGCUUAACUCACCUUAACUGACCUGUGUGGUGUGACUGAGUGUCAGCUGCUAAAAAGCCAGGCUGCUAACAGGCCUCUCAGGCACUGCCCGGCCCCGUGGCGGAGCUAGCUAGAGUGUUUUGAGAGGUGGUUCCGUGUGGCUACUGGUUACUGUAGAAUAGUGACUGUUUUUUUUUUUUGGACAGUAAUGACUUCUCUCAUUAUUUUUUCAUUUCAUUGUGUGAAUCUGUUCUGACCUGUGUACAGUGCAGCUGAAUAGCAAGUGAAAAUUAACAUAAUUGUGGUUUCUGAAGAGUAUCAAUACGUUCUGAAAACCAUAUUUUUGAAGGUGAAAAAAAAAAAGUCAAUGUCUUAAUUAUUGUUUAUGUUUAAUUUAUUCGUUUGAUAAACAGUAUCCACUGCCUUGGUGUAGUAGUGUGGAAGGUGAUGCCGAUCUAAUGCAGUGUGCUUGUCCACUAGAAGUGUAAAGGUCCCAGGUUAGUGUGCUGUGCUGUGCUGUGCUGUGGCGGUUGGGUGGGGGCAUGCACUGGUCAGCUGCGUAAUCGCUCAGCCCCUUUGUGUCCGGGUGGCCUCUCGCCGGACAGUGAGUGUCUCCACGUCCGACAGGAUCCCGACCCCUCAGAGAAAGACUCUUGACGCAGGCGCAGCACUUCCUGUGGCCUUCAUUCCAGAGCCUGGCUGCUUCAUAAUGCCUUACUGAACGCACUUUGAGCAAAGGGGCGCAGGGGGAGAGAAAUACAGGUAUUUUAUUUUGCACUUAGAACAUUGUGAAGACGUAUGUUGUGCAGAGUGUGACGAAGCGAGAAGAAACUUUGCAGUAACGGGCCGUGACACGGGAGUCUGGCGCGCUUUCGCCGCCGUCUCCCAAUGUCUGCCUGGUCCAGCCAAUGCAAUAGACGACUAGCUGAAUCCCUAGCUUAGUGUUACUUAGGCAGACAAGUCCACUCCUACCCCAUUUAGCUCAUCAACUUAGUAGCCAGAACAACAUAAUAUGUGCUUGUACAUGAAUGAAGAUGUGAUGUUGGGAGUUGAAACAACCGUCUGUGUUCACUGCUGGUUCCGGUUUUAAGACGACCAGUACAAGCAAGACACUCUAGAGAGAGACGAGAACUCCAGCAUUUUCUUGCUCUGGGUGUGUGUGUGUGUGUGUCUGAGUAACAACACUGUUGUCACAGAAACCGGUGUGUGUGUAUCUGUGAGUUAACACCACUGUGGUCACAGAGGUCCUCCGGGCCCCAGGAGUGUGUGUGUGUGGCUGCUGUUAAGGGCAGCCGGAGGAGGCCGUAAACGCGGCAUGGAAGCAAAGGCCCGUGUGCUCGGUGAGAUCAGGAGAGGGAACUUCACAGAGUACUCCAGUCUUCCACCAGGGGGGAAUGUCUGGGCACUUGUGUGUGUGCGUGUGUGUGCGUGUGUGUUUCAAGUAUGACUGUAGCACCAGUACUUGAGAAUAUGAAGGACUAAAGAAGAUUGGCUCCUUACGCAACCUGUGUCCAAAGGGACGUGAUUUUGUAAGCUCUCAUCUGAUGAGUCUUUAUUGGCCUGCUUGCUUUUUGUAGGAAUCUGUGCUCCACAUAACUUAUUUCUUAAAAAACAUCACAAAAAUAUAUAUUCUGAAAGCACAACAUGAAAUAUAUUUAUUGUUUGUGUGUGAAAUUGCUUUCCUUAUUUUAUGGUUGAUGUAGGCUCUUAUGGUUUGCUUGAUUUAUGCCCGUGUGCUUUCUACCCUUGCUGUAUGAUGAGUCCUUUUCUGUGUUUGCUGUGUAUAAACAAAAACGAUCCCAUUCUUUCUAUGAAAGUAAUACCUCUAUGUGUGAGACGAUCACACUCAAAUGGUAUGAAUCCGAGACGUUCUUUUCAGUCUGUAAUAAAUGCUGAAGUCAAAUUGGUGGUUUCCCCCUCCCAUGGUUUUGUCUUGAUGCCUUUUGUGUACAUUUCUUUACAUUUUGUUUUAUGUUUGGAGGGUGUGUGUCUUUGUUUCGAUGUAAAAGCUUGCAAGUGACCAGUUUGAAGACCUUUAAAUGUAGGCUUUAUUUGAUGUAUAGAAUAUAUUGACCAAUAUUGAGUUUGAAAGUUUACGGAACAACAUCUAUUAAAAAUAUAUUCCACCAACA